GGGCAUCAAGGUAUGCAAGAAUGGAUGAUGAUGGUGGUGAUGAAUGAAUGAUACAUGAUGCUGUUGGCAUCCAUUCUGUUCAUCCUCGCAAUCCGUCCACGCAAAAGAGCUCUCUCUCUCUCUCUCUGUCUCUCUCCGACCAAAUCUUCUCCUCCCCUCUUUCCCCGUUGGUCCAAACCUUCUAAUUUCUAGGGUUUCCGUUUACGCCAUUAAACCAUCUAAAGCCCUCCAUCUAAUCCACAAAACCCUAAUAUAAAUUGCUCACGUAGCUACAACAAUCUCGCCUCAUUUUUCUCACAUUUUCCCCAAAUCCAGCUGCCCUGUCUCCGCCGCCAUCCGCCUGUCUGAAAUCGCAGAAGUUGCAGUCGCUCAACAUUCAUGGCCAAGACCAAACCUGGAAAAAAGGACCUUGACUCUUACACCAUCAAGGGCACCAACAAAAUCGUUCGACUAUGUGAAGUUAAGUUGGUGUUUCUCUGCUAUGUGCGGCAUUGAUAUUUCGAUUGAUUUUGUGCUGGCCAGCUGGUGAUUGUGUGUUAAUGCGGCCGUCAGACACUGAUAAGCCUCCGUAUGUGGCACGCGUGGAGAAGCUCGAAGCUGACCACCGCAACAAUGUGAAGGUUCGGAUUCGAUGGUAUUAUCGGCCUGAGGAAUCGAUUGGAGGUAGAAGACAGUUCCAUGGGGCCAAGGAGCUGUUUUUAUCAGACCACUAUGAUGUGCAGAGUGCACAUACUAUCGAAGGGAAGUGUACAGUGCACUCAUUCAAGAACUACACUAAGCUUGAGAAUGUGGGAGCUGAGGAUUACUUCUGUAGGUUUGAGUACAAGGCUUCCACUGGAGGGUUCACACCGGACCGCGUGGCUGUGUAUUGUAAAUGUGAGAUGCCAUACAAUCCGGACGACCUUAUGGUGCAAUGCGAGGGAUGCAAGGACUGGUUUCAUCCCUCGUGUAUGGGUAUGACAAUUGAAGAUGCAAAAAAGUUGGAGCACUUUUUAUGUUCUGACUGCUCAUCUGAUGAUGAUGCCAAAAGAUCCUUGAACACAUUUCCAGUAUCACCAUCUGUUGAGGCUAAGGCGGAGCCAAAGCGCAGGAAGAGGUGACCUGUUGAUUCAGAUGCUUGGUGAGGAGGUAUCCAGACUUCUUUGGCGUUAGCUCCUGUGUUGUGUGUUGUGGAAAUGUACAGUGCAGAGAAGAUACUGUGCUUGCACAAUCCAAAGGCUUUUUUUACUUUUUGAAUGUUUGUAUGUGUGCUAGACUUAGGCAAUGACUUUGUGUUCUGUGUUGCCCUUGCAAGACAUGAAAAUCAUAUUUGAGCAUAGAGCAAAUGAGAACACAUCAAACCAAACAUUUAGGAGGAACUUUGGAUUUGUGGUGAUGUGUUUAUUGCUGGCAUUACUUAGUACUGCAUGCAAUGGCAACUGUUUUGGUUUCUUGUGA